AUGCCUAAGAUCUACAAGCCCGGUAAGGUUGCCGUUGUUCUCCAGGGUCGGCACGCUGGUAAGAAGGUAGGUUUUGCGCAGCACCGCUCGCUCGGUGCCACAUGGUCGGGACAGGCUAACAGUCAGGUCGUCGUGAUCAAGCAGCACGACGAGGGCAACAAGGAGCACGGCUUCCCCUUCGUGAUUGCCGCCGGUAUUGAGCGCUACCCGCUCAAGGUGACGAAGUCGAUGGGCGCGAAGAAGCUCGCUCGCCGCAGCAAGAUCAAGCCCUUCAUCAAGGUCAUCAACUACAACCACCUCUUCCCUACUCGUUACGCUCUGGAGCUCGAGGGUCUGAAGGGCACUGUCUCGGCGGACACGUUCAAGGAGGUGUCGCAGCGUGAGGAGGCCAAGAAGGCGAUCAAGAAGCUCUUUGAGGAGCGCUACCAGAGCGGCAAGAACCGGUGGUUCUUCACUCCCCUGCGCGUACGUUUUAUUACUUACCCGUUAGUUCUAAGUGCAUACGAUCCUCGCUGUAUGAGGCACAGAUAG